AUGCAUUAUCAGGUCCUUUUCCCCUCACUCACCCACUUCGCGCUCCCACACUGCGUUUCUCACUCACUCCACGAGGACGCCAUGUCGGAGCGCGAACUCCCCCCAGGCAGUGCGGUCGGUUCAAUCACCCACGCCGACCGCUCACGUUCAUGUGACACGUAUGUUCGCACAAACGCCACUUAUCCGAUACAGAAGGAAGAACAUCCACCACCUCUGUUCAUGCGAACGCUACUCACCUAUACUGUAGACAGAACUCCGUUCGUACGGACGCCGACUCCCGAACACAGCGAGAACAGAAGUCUGUUUGUGAGAAAGCUGCUGCUUCCAUGUGCGACCACACAGAAGGUAGAACUUCAGGAGAAUCAAAGGGCGCACACACACCGACACAGAGCCUUUUGGAUGUACAGGAGGUGA